CCGGGGCCGCGGCUGCCCAUGGGCGCGGGGCGCGGGGCGCGUCCCCCCAGCGCCGCCGGCUGAGGGCGCGGGGCGGCGGCCCGGCGGCGGGGGGCUAGGGCGGCGAUGAAGGGCCGGCGGAGAGGAUGCCCCCGCCUCGCCCGCCGGGCUCCAACUUGGCGGAGAACUCUCGGCCCCGCAGCCCCCGCGCCCGCCCUGCCUCUGCCGGCCGCGCGUCCAACUUAAUGCCCCAGCGGGAGCCCCAGCCAGCAGCCCCCCCGGCCCCCGGCCUCCUCCCCCCCCCGCAGCAGCCCGGGCUCCCGGCGGCCUCCCGCUGCCGGCGGAGCCCCUGGCCCCGGCGCGCCUGGGUCCCGCGGCGCCCGGGGCGGCGGCAGCGCGGCAUGCGGCGGCCCCGCGCACCAUGAGACACGGCACCGGCACCGGCACCGGCACCAGGCAGGAGGCGGGCGGCGUCCCCGGCUCCUCGGCGGCGGCGAAGAGUUUGCCGGUUCCCGAGGCCGGCCUCCUGCGCGGCUGGAGCAGCGGCGGCCGCUGCCGCAGCGGCACCGGCAGGCACCGGAAAACCGGCGGCAUCCAGCCCGGCGGCACGGCCACCGGCACCGGCACCGGCGGCUCCCGCGCCCAGGUGGCCACCGCGGACAGCAGCAGCGGCGGCGGCGGCUGGGGCUUCCCCGCCGCGCUCCCGCAGCACCGGCACCCCAGAAAAACCUGCUUAGACAAUCUAAUGGAUGAAGAUGAGAAAGACAGGGCAAAGAGGGCUUCACGUAACAAGUCUGAGAAGAAGAGGCGCGAUCAGUUCAAUGUUCUCAUCAAAGAGCUCAGCUCCAUGCUUCCAGGCAACACCCGCAAAAUGGACAAAACUACUGUGCUGGAAAAAGUCAUUGGCUUUCUGCAGAAACACAAUGAAGUCUCAGCACAGACGGAGAUUUCUGAAAUUCAGCAGGACUGGAAGCCUUCAUUUCUCAGCAACGAAGAAUUCACCCAGCUGAUGUUGGAGGCAUUAGAUGGCUUCAUUAUAGCAGUAACCACAGGUGGAAGCAUCAUCUAUGUGUCUGACAGCAUCACACCUCUUCUAGGGCAUUUACCGUGUGAUGUCUUGGAUCAGAAUUUGUUAAACUUCCUCCCAGAACAAGAACAUUCAGAAAUUUAUAAGAUGCUAUCUUCUUGUAUGCUUAUGACGGAUUCUGCCUCAUCGGAUUACCUAAAAACUGACAAUGAACUAGAGUUUUAUUGUCAUCUUCUGAGAGGAAGUUUGAACCCAAAGGAAUUUCCAACAUAUGAAUACAUAAAAUUUGUAGGAAAUUUUCGGUCUUACAGCAAUGUGCCUAACUCCACUUGCAAUGGCUUUGAUGAGGCUGUGCCAAGGGCUUACAGAACAUCCCCAGGAAAGCAGAUCUGCUUCGUUGCGACUGUUCGUUUGGCAACGCCUCAGUUUUUAAAGGAGAUGUGCAUCGUGGAAGAACCUCUAGAGGAAUUCACAUCAAGACACAGUCUGGAGUGGAAAUUUUUAUUCCUGGAUCACAGAGCACCGCCGAUUAUAGGAUACUUGCCUUUUGAAGUGCUGGGUACUUCUGGCUACGACUAUUACCAUAUAGAUGACCUAGAGCUGCUAGCAAGGUGCCACGAACACUUGAUGCAGUUUGGCAAGGGGAAGUCGUGCUGCUAUCGGUUUCUGACCAAAGGACAGCAGUGGAUCUGGCUCCAGACCCAUUACUAUAUCACCUACCACCAGUGGAACUCCAAGCCAGAGUUCAUUGUGUGCACGCACAUGGUGGUAAGUUAUGCAGAUGUUCGGGUGGAGAGGAGACAGGAGAUGGGCUUGGAAGAAGUGUCCUCAGAGGUUGUGUCCUCAGCACUAAAGGACAGUGGCACCAGCUUGGAUCCUGAACAGCACUUUAAUGCACUUGAUAUUGGUGCCUCAAUCCUCAGCGCUAGUCGGACACCCUCAGUGUCAUCCAGGAGCUCACCCAAAUCUUCCCACACACCCAAGUCAGACCCAGCAUCUACACCAACAAAGCUGAUUGCUGAGUCUAACACCCCCUUGCCAAGAACACCAAGCGCGCAGCAGGAUUUAUCUGUGCAUAGACUCAGUCAACCUACUACUCUUCAGGUUUCUUUGCCUUCUCAGCCUCCAUGUGAGCUUCUCCCACAGCAGUUGCUGCCUCAAGCAACUCUGCAAAAUCAGCCUGCACCUCUGGCACAGUUCUCGGCACAGUUCAGCAUGUUCCAGACCAUCAAGGACCAGCUAGAGCAGCGGACCCGGAUCCUGCAGGCCAACAUCCGAUGGCAGCAGGAGGAGCUCCAGAAGAUACAGGAGCAGCUCUGCCUGGUCCAGGACUCCAGCGUACAGAUGUUCCUACAACAGCCAACAGUGUCCCUGAGCUUUAGCAAUACUCAGCAGCCGGAGCCACAACAGCUACAGCAGAGGUCAGGGGCCAUUUCUCAGCAGCAGCUUGUCCCCAGUCCUCAACUUCAAGGGCAAAUUGCAUCUUCGCAAACAGCGAACCAGCAAGCACUGAGAGAAGCAAGCGUGAUAUCGAGCCAGGGCCCCAAGGCUGCGAGGAGCGCGGAGCUGGCACCGGGCGGCGGCCGCCCCCCCCGCGGCGCGCCCCCGCCCUUCGCCGCAGCCCCCGCCGGCGGCGGCACUGCGGCGCCCCCUGCCGCCCUGCCGCGGGGCGGCACCCCCGGGCCGCCCGCCGCCGGCUGCAGCCACGACCAGCAGCUCAGACUGUUGCUCAGCCAGCCUAUUCAGCCCAUGAUGCCUGGAUCCUGUAAUGCAAGACACCCUUCAGACCUCAGCAUGGCGGGAUCCCAGGCUAAGUAUUCUCAAACCCAACAAAUGUUUCAAAGUUUGGAAGUGCAGACUUCCAGCAGCAGCUCUCCAAUCGUACUGAUGGGACAAGCAGUGUUAAACCAAGGGUUCGCCACUACACCUCCUUCCCAGCCAUCCUCUCUGCCACCUAUGCAACUCCAGCACCAACAGCAUCAGCAACAACGCUACCUGCAGGUGCAAACACCAAGUUCUUUGCACAAUGAGCAACCUGAUUCUUUGCUUCUGCCAUCUUACUCACCACAGCAAGGAAAUAUGGGGUAUCAUCAGACACAGCAGCAGCAGCAGCAGCAGCAACUAACAUCAAGAAGAAGCAAUAGCUUAUCAGAAUCAUCAAAUUUACCACAGCCACUGCGAUAGAGUCCCACCAGCACAAUCGAUGCACGAUUAGCUUUAACCAAUGGGCACAUGGGGCAGAAGAGAAUGACUUUCUACUUACUGUUUUGGCUUUUGCACAAGCAUUUCUUUCAAAGCUCUAUGACAGAAGUAUGCCACAGAGUGCAGACUGCCACGGACAGUGCAUUUACGGCAUGCUGGAUUCAGUUUGCGCUGUCUCGUGAGUACAGUACGUACUGACAGAGCAAAAUAAAAAGGAACACUAUCCUGUGCAGCCUCCAUCACCAAUGGGUGCGCAGGAGGAGGUGUUCAAUCUUGGCGUGUCACUCUGAAAGCUAUCUGGCAAUUCCAAAAGACUGUCGACAGACUCAUGAGGUACUUGGCCUUCACUGUUUCAGUUCUUCUUUUGUGUAUGAAAAGCACUGCAUCAAAGGUCUAUUGAGGAGAGAACAAGAGAUUAUUUUUAUUAUGAUUAUUGUUAUUAUUUUGCACAACUGCACAGAGGACAAAACCUAGGCACUUUCUGUAAAGAGAAGUUUGUUUCCUUAUUCUUGUGGCCAAAUUAGCACAUCCAAUGGAGGAGAAAGCCCAGUCAUUGGUGAAGAUGGUCUACAGCUCAUAACCCUUGAUUUAGAAUCUGAAAAGUAUUAUGCAGCUUACCCUAACUGUUCUUCAUUACUAAAAACCAAACCAACGAAAAACCACAACCCACACUGGACUGUUUUCUGAAUUGUGAUUGCAAAGGAGAACUCGAAUUGUAAGCACAAUCAUGCAACUCUCCAAUAGUACAACACGGAUCCUUCUUCAACCUAAACUCACCCACUGCAAGUCUCUGAGAAAUAUGCACUGUGUUUUGGCCCACUGACUCGGGAUGCUGCAGACUAUUACAUAUCUCUUUCAUUAUAACAUUUAGGAUUGAAUUUUCCUUUGGGGGGAAAAAAAGAAAUGCACUUUUCGCUUUUUUUGUAUGUUUUCUGUUGAUAUGUUUCUAAGAAAGAUUUUAUGUAAUUAUUAAAUAAAAGUAGUGUAUUGUACAGCUGUUGUAAUAUGACCUAUUUCUAUAUAAAAUAAAAUUAUAUGGAAUUAUGUGGAAAUUAUUUUGUAUAUGAAAUAUCAACUCAUUUCACAAGUAUAAAGAUUGUGCUUGUGCUUUUUUGUGAGUGGAUAUUUUGUAAUAAACUAAUGAAUUAGAAAUGUUUUUGUGACGGGAACUACUGUUUCAUGCUAUAUACAACUCAAACUAUUUUUUUUUUCCAUUUAAUGAUGGAGUUGUCUUUAUUUGUAGAAUAAAAUAAAAUAGCCAAAAGGCUUUAUUGCAGGACUUGCACACAU